AUGAAGCGCCCCCACGAAUUGGCUGCAGUUUUCGAUACAAACAGUUCCCAGUACUUGCCUCCAUCCGCUCUUUCCCUUUCCCAUCCGACAACUACGAAGCGGAUUCGAACAGACCGACUGCACCCGAACACCAUUCACUUCUUCCGAUCUGCGCAAAUGAGCAUUUACGAACGAAUCUUCAAGUCACCUGGUCGGCAAUCCACAACUGAUGCGAAUGCAUUACCCAAGGGCCGGGCUUGUGGUGGAGGCACCGAGAAUGAUACGUUCCUUCGACCUGUGGGAAUACCACGCCGCCCAGUUUCUCUUACACUGGGUUCAGAAGGUAACAUUCUCAACGAACUGGCUGUCGUCAAACAACAAUCAGUCAGCACAGAGAAUUUAGCGUGGCCACCGCGGUCGACUGGUGGGAAUGUAGCACAACCUGUGCUCAGCUCGACUCCGUCAGCCAAGCUUCUGACUACUCCAAACAGAAGUAUUCCCAAGACCCAGGACGCCACUCCCAUAGAACGCCAGUUGUACAGACGCCUACUAACCCAAGCUGCUCUAUCCACCCCGCCCGUGAAUCGAAAACAUUGGGAUGAAGGACGAUCGAAAGCAACCAAUGAACUGACCAUUGUGAUUGAUGACAACGAGCCUACCUCUGGGGGUCAGGCAUCUGUCAUAACGCGACGCGCCAUAUCCCCGAUCCGAUUUCCGCACGAACAUGCCAAUUCCAGCUCGUCAGCCAAUGAAGAAGUGGCUGACCAAGAGGCCCGCGCAUGGUUAAAAUCGUGCGAACAGACGCCCUAUUUAUCCGAGGUUUGGCUGGCAAAUCUCACCACCAGCUAUCAGUCUAAAGCAAAGCAGCGGGAGCGAGAGCGUCAGUUAGCCGAGGCGAAACUGCAACACUGGGAGAAACAGAGAGUUGCCGAUCACAAGCGCAGGAUGGACAAUCUGGAACAACGUUUGGCAUGUCUCUUGCUAACGCCGCCCGUGCUAUCUGACCCCUACUUGGUCCCACAGCCCAUUCCUAUUGAACUGCCCUACAAACCCAGAAGAAUCGUCCCCGUGCUUCCUGCCUUGCCCGAACUCACAGAAUCCCAACUGGCCGAGGUCGAUACUGCCCUACGCGGAGAAGGCCCGGAUGUAGUUCUGGUGGAAAACUUUCGGCUUUCAGUAACGAGGCGUGAACUGAGAACCUUAUCCGGGACGAAUUGGCUAAGCGAUAUGCUUUUAUACAACCGGAGCCAGCAGUCACCAAGCGCUCCAAACGGCUUCGAUGUGUUAUCGAAGCUUCCUCGGAUCGCUGUCAUGUCCACUUUUUUCUAUCCGAAGCUGACCGCUCCGACUGGCGGGGGUUACUCCAGUGUACGACGCUGGUCCAGACAACUCAAACUAUGUGACCAAGAUCUGGUGCUCAUCCCGAUUCACGAUCGAGGGAUGCAUUGGUGUUUGGCGGUUGUUUUGACCGCCAAACCCACUCACUCGGCUAAUCGUGAGCAUAUUCGAUUCCAUGGAUUUUCUGACUUCGCUCCAUGUGGUCCUGAAGCCUCCGUUAUCUCUCUGCAAUCUUACGAGCCGGAAUCUUGUGAUUUGUCAAGAUAA